CUUGACACUUUGUGCAUGAAAUCUAUGAGACUGGUCAGAAAAGUUCUGUUUUCUACGUGGGAGAAAAACUACUUGCGUCCGUAUAAGGAAUUCUCAAGUUCAUAAUUGGAGGAGGAUGCUGUCAGGAACUAUGCAGUUCUUAACAAGUGUUGGCAGUUGAAGCCUUGUUGAGUGCAACAUAGCCAUAGGGGUACAAGACUGACAUUUCACAUGCACUGAAAUUAACCUGCACCCUGCCUUGUUAACUAGUGGUUUUGACACUCAAAAAUGUUUGUUCUGUGUGGGAUUCUUGCCAUUCAUCUUUUCAGUUGCACACAACAGACUAUUUAUGUAGUUUAAAUUCAUAGGUGCAAAGACUUGUGGAGCCAGAGUGUAACCCUACAAAAUCCUAUACAUGUUGUAGGCACAUAAUGAUAAUUACUUGGAAGAGCAUUGGCCUGCAUGAGGUUGCACUAUUGGUCUAUGUCAGUUUGAUCAUACUGCAUGUUGGAAGGGGAAUUCCCCAACUUAAGUGUGUUACAGCAUAUGGGAUUUUCCCCAUAGGAGAAAUACUUCAUGAAUAUUUAUGAACAUGUAGGUGAUAGCCAAUGACACUGUAGAUUUUCAGUCACAUGAUUACAUGUAGCUUAGUGGGCUGGGUGUGUCUUUAAAUCCCUGUCGGCUUGAACAAAAGCUUAUAAAUACAGCCUAUAAAAGUACAUUGCAGUCAGAAAUUCUCAUCUUUGCGUACGCUGCAUGGUGUAUAACUUGCAUCAGUGCAUGUAUUUCCAGACUUUGCAUGCGUGUAACAAUAUUCCAUUCAUUAGGAAGGAAGUCUGAAGAUAUGAAGGAUGGCUUCAGAGUCUAAUGAACAGAUUGAAGCCCUUCGAGAUGAACUUGUUGUGCUCCUGCAAGCAAACCAACCUCACAUAGAUCUUGGGAAUCUACAGGCACUCUACUGUAAGCAAUUUCAAAAGGACCUGUCACUCAAGAAAUAUGGUAUAUCGUCCGUCAAAAAGCUUGUGGCUUUGUUCCCAGAUGUUGUGGAUAUCAUCCCUGCAGGAAAAAGCCAGCUCUUGAGGUUGAAAAAGACCCCAAACCCUUCCAAAGUAAAGAAGGAGGAGAAAGCUGGCAAAGAUGCACUGGUAAAAAAAAAAGUGGUCUCAUCACAAGACCUUCGAAGUCCCUCAGUUGGAGCUGGGCUCAACUCUUCCCUGAGUUUUCAAACUGAUGUUGCCUGUGGCACUUCAAGGCUGGAUAGAGAUGCCAAACUUGCUGAUAAUCAGGUUUCCAAAUUGUCUGUUGGAGGGCCCCGGACAGUCUUGGGAAGAGAGUUGGUGGAGUUGCUGCAGAGUUCACCAGGAGGGCUCGUCGGGCUCCACGUAUUGACAGAGGCCUACCUGCAGAGGUUCAAGACGAGCCUGAACCUCACCGAUUGCGGUAUCGCUAAGCCUGAGUUGAUCGCUGAUGCUUUCAGCGACAUUCUUGAAGUGGUCAGUUGCUGUGAUGACCCCAAGCAUCAGUACAUCUGCAGUAAACCAGAGGGUGUUAGUGCUCAUCAAGACCAAGGAGCUGAUGGACAAAGCAACAUAGACAUUUUGCGAGACGAGCUAAAAGCAUUGCUUAAAAAACACCCAGAAGGUAUUAUGCUGAAUUCAUUGAGCAAGAAAUACACACAAGAAUAUCACAAAGACCCACCCAAAAGGAAGGUGAUAACAGAUGCAUAUAAAGAUGACUUUGAAUUCUUCAGUAAGUGUACCACAGUUGGCCAUCAGUUCCUUCGCCUGAAACCAGGCUUAUGCAAGGCAGGUAGAAUUGCAGUUGGAAGAAAUGCCCGUUCUUCCAGUCCGCAAUUACCUUCCAUGGUGUUCAGUAACACAGGUUUGGGUCAGCUUGGAGCUGCCCCAGGGGCCUCCUAUUUGCCAUCGUCAGCAGGGAUUGGAAGGGUCACCGCAGUUGACAGCAUAAGCGAGUUAAGUUUGUUAGGUACCCCACCAGCUGUACCCACAUUGCCAGUCCCUCCAAUGGCUCUUACUGUGGGUGGACAGGGGAUCUUUGGAGAUUAUCCCUCUAACUUCCCGGCACUUCCUGGUCAACCAAAGCAGGCUCAAACACAACCACAGAAACCACAGGCUGAGGAGACUGAAGCUUGUCAUAUGCAACAAGAACGGAUGACAAGAGAAUCAAGAAGUCAGCCUACAGAAGACUUUGAAAAGGCUAGCACAAAAGGAGCAGUCCUAAGUCAGCAGCCAGAGCUUAGGUUUGGCACUGUGGAUUUGAGUGAACAGUUCCAGCCACAAAGCCAAAAGCCCAAACCAAGUAUUACCCCCAAGCAGCAACAAGCUCAGUUGUCACUGCAACAGCCCUAUGUGCUGGAUCAACUGCAGGGGCAGCCCCACCGGUUGAAAACAAGCACCAAGCAGUCUGAUGCAAUCCCAUCUGCACAAACUCAACCACAGAAGCUUCUGGCAUCAACUCAGCAACAGCAGCGGAAGCAGCAACAGAUCCAACCAUCCAUGGGUAAGACACCCAGGCAGCAGCAGGUGUGCCUGCAUCCCUUGCCAUCACAGAAACGACAGAGCAGCAGCUUGAGGAAACAGAUACCAAAACGGGGUGACCUCGAUGCAGCAGCUCAGACCCUCAUUGGCAACAUAGCUGAGGCUGAUCAGCUGGUCACAGUGGAUCGCGUGGUGGACCUUCUUAAGCAGCACUUCCAGGCCACGAGUCUGCAGGAGCUGGGACUCCAACAUGAGAGCCAACUCCAGUCCCUGAACCAACUGAUCAGACUCCAGUCUAAAGUCAAUGCCUUCAUCCAGGCUUUCGUCAAAGUCCGGGCCAUUUGUACCCUCCAUGAGCUCAGGGAGUCUUUGGCCAUGGUAGAUGCCCCGAGGGAUUCCACAGAUAAGCGUGACUACGCAGACCUCCACCUAGGCCCCUUGUCCAAGCAACCCUUGGUCUACAAGUUUUUUACGUUCCCGCCAACCAAAGAUGACACUGAUAUUCCCAAAAUUACCACUUUGCAUGUUCUAGAAGUCCUGAACAAAUACCUAGAAGCUAAAGAUCUUUGGAGGAGCAAGGUAAAGCUGGAAAACUUCAUGGAGUAUCUCACAGAAGAAUAUAAUGUGGAAGGACCAUAUGAUUUGGGCUUGCGAAUCCAGAGUGUUGCUCUUGGUAUCUCAGCUCUCAAGACUGCCAAACGUGAACAGAGAACAAUCAUGGACAAGGCUCGUGAAGACUUGAAGUCUUCUCUGGCUGAUGAAGUGACUGCCACCAUGGAGAAGAUACACAAAGCCGUGAUGUCACCGGCGGACAUUGCAGGACACCAGUUCCCCCAGCUGGAGCUCCGUCGCCGCUACGUCAGCGUGACUGCUGCAGAGGCAGUGAAUAUGGUGUUCGAGAAUGGCUGUGAGCUGACAGUCUACAGCAGGCAACUACGGCAGUUCUGGUUGACACUGAAGAAUGUUGUGACUGACAAGCUGAGUCGGUCCUUGUUCCAGUUAGCCAUUUGUAGUGGUGACCUGAGUCAGCCCGAUGACCUUCCAGAGGGGAUUCUAGACUACGGGGAUGAAGAAGAAGACAAAGAAAGUGGUCCAGAGAAUGAGAAAAGCCCAGUUAAAUCACAACCAACUGAAGAUCAAAUACGCGAAGAAUUGUUGUGUUACUUGGACCGCAUUCAGCAUGGCAGCCUAAACUUGAAAGACCUGGCCCGCAUCGAAGCCAAACUUUGUCAGCACUUUGCCUUCCAAGACUUUGUGUCCCUCAGCCGGACAAAGCGGACCUUUCUCCAGUUCAUCUCGCUCGAUCAUCCAGGGGUAUUGGAGAGUGUAGGCGGUACCCUGAUGGGCCUGGCGUCUAGCAGUCCCAGCCAGGGUUCCAUCUACAGGCCGUCGCGCAUGGAUCUGGUGGAAUUCAUCCGACAGUGUGAUCCGUGCAAGGAAUCACAGGACACCCUGGACAUCUGCCUGUGCACUCACUACCAGGUCAACACUGUGGAGGAGCUGGGACACGGGCCCAUCAAUCGCCUCAGUCAACAAAUUAUCAAGAUGGCCGCCAGACUAGGCCAUCAGCAGGAACGCAACGCUGUCAUCUAUGAGACUGCGCUAUGUGCAUCAAACAGGCGUAACGAGAGUAAGCAGAAGGAGGUUGGAUUGUAUGGCUCGCAGAGUUUGGAGAGCGCCAUUGGUUGUCUGGCAUCUGCCCCUCUGCUGGAGGACCUGGCUGAGUGGUCUCAUUGGUCGAUGGUGUUUGAGCCAGAGCAUGGAAAUCUGAAAGCAUUUCUGGAAAAGAAUCCUGGUCAAAGUUUGUCUCCACCAAUUGAAAUCAGUGCCUUGGAGGUCAGGCCAGGAGUUCUGUUGCGAUUGGCCACAGAGACAUCACCUGACCUGUUUGCCACUGCCGCAAAAUGCAGUGACAGCGUGGAUGCAGUCGGCCAUCUUGUUUCUCUGGUGGUCAAGGAUGGCCUGGCCAGCGUGCCCUUGGCAUUGCUUAGCAACCACAUGGAGACGGCCCUGAACGUACUGGCUGUGGAUUCUGAUCACAUAAUUGGCUUUGUCCUGGACUGUUUGGUGGCUGUUCCUCUACUGGUUGGCCAGGCAGUAGUUCGACAGGUAAUCUUAAAUCCUCUUACUACGGUCAUGGGGUCGGAGGUCAAAUCAAGGCAGUCGAUUCUCAGCGCCUGCCUCAACACGGCACAGAGGACAAAAAUCCAGCGUCUGGGGUUCCUGCUGGGCAUCAGCCAAUGGAAGGACAGCUUCAUGGAUAAAAGGGUGCCCCGGAACCUGGAUAAGGAGGAGGACGACACAGACCUUGUAGACAAUCAGGAAGAGUAUGACUUUGGCAGUUUGCUUGGGAUGGAGAGAGCUCUCCAAACUACUGAGGUAAAGGAAAGGUCUGCUGCAGAAGUCAGUUCUGCUGGCCUGCCACCACUUCACGAUGCAGAAUCUCUUGAGGAGCGUUCUCAGACAUCAGGGGACAGAGAUGAGUCCGACGAAGAUGCCAGUGAAGUCCUCGAUGAAGAAGAGGAAACGGACGAGCAACAAAAAGAUAAGGAGGAACACAGUGACAUGAGUGGAGCAAGUGAUGAAGAGCGUGAUGCCAAAAUGGACAAUCAGAAACACAGUGACAUGAGUGGAGCAAGUGAUGAAGAUCGUGAUGCCAAAGUGGACAAUCAGGAGGAUUUGAGAGGAAUUGAUAAUGCUGCUGACUCCCCAGCUGACUCUGAAGAAAUCUCCGCUCAGGAUGAGGGGUUGGGUUCUGAAGCCCCACCCCCAAAGGUGGAAAUAGGCGACGAGACCGACAUUGAACAAGAACAGGAAUGCGAGAUUGACCUUACGCUGUUCCAGCGCUCGGUGCUGGACUGCCUGGCGGUGGUACGCAGCAUCCGGCGGGAGGAGUUUGGGAUGGGGGUGGAACUGGACGACCGCACCCGCGGCCUGAUGAAGCGACAGCAGGAACGCAUCGGUCGCAGCCUGGCCCACCUCUCGGAGGAGCUGUACAGCAAGGACACCCACUUUGUCUUGGAACUGAUCCAGAAUGCCGAUGACAAUGAGUACAAGGAAGGGGUGGAGCCCUCCCUGGAGUUCCAGGUAGACCGCUCGGAGGUCACUGUCUUGAACAACGAGGUGGGCUUUUCAGAAAGCAAUAUCCGAGCCCUCUGCGAUGUUGGGAGAAGCACUAAAGGAAAGCACAAAAGAGGAUACAUUGGUCACAAGGGCAUCGGAUUCAAGUCGGUGUUCAGAGUGACUGACAGGCCCGAUCACGUCCAUGGCUACCACGUGUGCUUUGAUCGCAGCUCUGACCAAAUGGGGUAUAUCUUGCCCACUUGGGUGGGGCCAGAAGAGAUCCAGGAGGUCACCCAGAUGCAGGAACCCAGCAAACCCUGGACCACCAAGAUCACCUUACCAUUGAAGGGUGAUGUCCAGCGGACCACCAGCCUGGUCAACAAGUUUGAGGACAUCCAGCCAUCCCUGCUGCUCUUCCUGAACAGGCUGCGGUCAGUCAUCAUCAUGAACAAGGAAGAGAAUACAGAGAGCCACAUGAGCAGAAGAGAUAAAGGAGGCAAUGUUGUCGAGAUCUGCCACUCUCAAGCCACCGACAACUGGCUGCUGAUCAAGAAAUGCUUGGAUGCGACCAAGCUUCAACGAGUGGACGUUGAAUCGACUGAGCUAGGACUGGCCUUCCCGCUUUCUGACGGCAUGUCCACUGAACAGAAUGUCUUUGCUUUCCUGCCGCUGAGGAGCUACGGUUUCCACUUCAUCAUUCAAGGCGACUUUGAAAUCCCAUCGUCCCGAGAAAAUGUUUUUGAGGACUCGGCCUGGAACCAGUGGCUUCUCCAGGAGAUUGCGCCGGUCUUUGUCAAUACCCUAGAGACCUUCAAGGAGCAUUACUGUCGUGACCCGGUCAAUGCCAUCUGCCAGUUUCUCAAGUUUGUCCCGCUUGAGAGCCAGAUUCUGACGGACUUCUUCCGAAAGGUGGCCGUGAACAUCCACAAGAGACUCAAGGCCACGUCCUGCAUGCCGGUACUCAUUGGCAGUCAAGAAGAUGAUGUAGCAUGGAAGCUUCCAUCCGAGACCAUCGUGUGUCCGGACCGUCUCGUCCGGGAGGUGGUCCCCAGCGACACCUUGCGAGCACAUCUCAACUGCUCCUACCUGCAUCCGCAGGUGGUGGGCUCUGUCAGCAAGGCACUGCUGAAGAGCCUGGGAGUCAAGACACUGAAGACUACCGAGCUGAUGAACAUCCUAAGCAGCAUUGCGCUGGCAGCUAGACAGAGAGAGGAGCAGUUGUCUCCUAAAACCGUGGCCCAGUGGCUGACCUGCAUCUAUCGCAGCCGCGACAAGUACGACGUAUCUGAGGGAGUGCUGGACCAGCUGUUGUCCAUUCCGAUCAUUCCGCUGGCGUCUGGCCGUGUCGUCGCCAUGGAGGAUGGCAGUGUGUUUUUCCCCCUCAGCGAAGAGGACAGGGUCAACCAAUCACAGGGCCAGAUUCUGUCAGCAUACAGCAGGCCCCUGCGGGCUUUGGAGCAGGACAUGUCCACUCUGAAUGGCCGCGUCCUGACCAGCCUGGACAACGUCGCCAAUUCCCAGGUGCUGCAGCUGCUGGAGGAGCUCGGAGUCUGUCGUGUUAGCCCAAAGGACGUGAUUCGUCACCAUAUACUACCGGUCAUCCAAUCAGACCAGUGGAAGAACAAAUCCCGAGAGGUCAUGGUUGGCUACGUGGUGUACAUCAAAGAGCAAUUGGAACAGCAGCCAGACGUCUGUGACCUGGAUAAGAUAGCUGAAUGUGUGCACGUUUUGACAAACCAUGGGCUGCUCAAUGCCAGGAGAAGACCGGUACACUUCACCGUGACGUACGGCAACCCUGUCGACCUGAAUCAGACACUGCCAGGCUGUGAUUGGGUCUUGUUGGAUAGUUGCUACAUCUUCCACAAUGGGCCUCACCAACUCUCUGCCAAUGAGAUCAAGUCUUGGAAUGCUUUCUUCAGGAAGCUAGGAGUACUGAACUACCUAGCUGUUGAGAAAGAAAUUGUGACUGUGAAGGUGGAGGAACUGGAUGUGACGCCUUGGGCAGACCUCGGUAAAUUCUGGGAGAAACCAGCAGAUGGAGUCUACAAAAUCCAUGACAGUGUCUGCAGGGAAUUUGAAGAGUUAGUGCAAGCCAAGCUUGAAAUGUCUACCAUACAAAGCCAGCGAAAGAGCCUUCUUGGGCUUCUGCAACAGGAAUGGAGCAGCAACUAUUGUGCUUAUAUAGGGGCUGAAGUGUUUGACCAGUCAGGGACAAGACUAGCCAGUACGGAGUCCAGCUUUGCAGUCCACCUGAAGACAAAUGCUUGGCUACCUUCAACUCCGGUUGCUGGGCUACCUUCACCUCUGGUUGAUGGGGAGAAUGAAGGUCCGAUGAUAUUUCGAAGGCCUUGUGACAUCUUCAUCCAUUCAGACAGAGCAAGGGCUCUCCUGGGCGAUCAUGUUCCUUACUUGGUUUCCCCUGUCCAAGGGGAUGGAGGCCUCGUGCAGUUCAUUGGAUUGAAAUCAGUUGGGAUGAUAAAUGUAGAUUUCAUGAUUUCCAAGCUGAAAGCUUGGUGUAACGAUGAGGGGCAGUCUCCGGAUCUCACGGCUAGGACCUCCUUCUGUACCUCUUUGGGUCACAUCAGUCGGGUGUACAGGUACUUGGAGCAGAACUGCCAUCCCCAGGAACUCAGAGAGUUGUUCAGUGACCACAGAGUUGUGUUUGUACCCCAGAGAGCCAUGUCGCCAAAUUACGAGGCCCCAGUUCCGGGCCACUUUGUUCACAAGUUGAAGGUUUACUGGGAAGAUCCUUCCCAUCUUUUACAGAAGCAUAUUGACUCCUCGAACCGUGUGGAGCUGUGCACACUUUACCCUCCCGGCAUGGAUCACUUCUUUCUGAGAUCGAUAAGUAUUGAUCGUCUGCCAACCAUCAAAGAGUACGCACAGAUCUUGGUACAGUGCACUAGUGAUAUUACACUUCCAGACAAUUCUCGUAUUAAGGAGGAAGUCUUGGUGCUGUACAGCAUGCUAGGCCACAAGUGCGUGUCGGCUAACUCAAGUAUAUUUGGCCAGUACUCCAAUCCGCUGCCAAAACCGGAAGUCAACUCAAGUUCUGUCCAGUUUGUGAAAAGCAUCCUGGAGGGGCAGGCAGUCUUCCCCACUCUGGGCAACAAGUGGGUGACCCUGGAGGAGAAGCCACUUAUCUGCGACAGCCACUCCACGGAACUUCAGAAGCUUUUCUUAGACAAGAAGGAAGUGAAUUUGCUGAAUUUCGGCGAUCGAAAUCGUUUCGGAGGAAUAGUCGAAGGAGCACACAGGUCCGUGGACAAACAAUUCAUAGAUGUGUUCCUGGAGGCGUGUGGCAUUGAGAUGCUGUCAGACUGCAUCAAGGAAGAGUUCAUCACUGAGCUGACAGAGCCCUCCCUCCCACUACAGAUGUUUCUUCAUGAUGUCUGCCCCUACAUCCAGCUCUACCUGAGCAUGCAGCGCAGUACCAAGGUGGAAUUUCAAUCCACCUAUGAGAAACUGACAUCUGAGGUGAACAUCGCUGCCAAGUUGAAAGUCAUGCGCUUCAUGUCAGCCAAACGAAUUGAAAAGGUCUACCGUUUCAAACACAACCCCAGCGUGUUUGCCGAGCAGAACGUGGAGUGUGGGCUCCAGGAGCUCACCGAGCUCUACACAGCAACUGGCAUCUCCAAGAGCCUGCGACAGAACAGCAGCGUCCGGCGUGAGGUGGCGAAGCUCUUCAGCUGCGGAAAUACAGAAGUCCAGGAUGCCUUGUUUGCCUUCAUUGGCAACUUGCUCCUGGAGAUGGGCUCCAAGCGGGAAGGAUCUGCAGAAAAAGGAGUUGAUGAGAACAUCUGUCGAGCCUUGGGACUAACCUUCCCUCAAGAGGGUGAUGACGAACUGUGGGAAGUGCCCAAGCCAUUCAUUCCAGAAGAAGUUGUGGCAAAACCCUUGAAAGUCAAGCCAGCCCCUGAGCCAAAGCCACUGCUGUCGGCUGGUACCCUGCUGGAGGGGGAUGAUGAGGCUGCAAUUCAUUGCUGGCCACCUCAGUCUGGAAUCUACGGCCCGCAGAAAGUAACAAGAGUUGGCGGUCAGACCAAAAGUGAAGAUGCUUUCCUCAAGAUGUGGCCUCUGCCCCAGCCACUGUUCAGUUCCCAGGCCUCCUCCUUCCCGCCCCCACCUGUGGGCCCUGCGCAGGCCAUUGACAAGCUGCCACAAUCUGGUAACAGCGCAGUGCAAGAGGGCGCUACAGGCACCCCAGUUAUGCCACACUCUCAGAGGAGUCAAGACGGCAUCGUUGUAGCUCCAUCCAAUCCAGGGCAGGUAGCUGGUGUCGGACAAGGUGGAGGCCAAGAAGAUGAGACUCCACUUUGCUCUCAAGAACCAUCUCCGGGAGGUCCUUCUCAACUCUGGCCCACCCAGGCACAGCAAGGGGUCCCCGUCACCAAAAGAGCAUUAGAUGAUCGCUCAGAAACAGGGGGGAGAGUUGAAGAGUUGGGGGAGGUUGGCAUGACAGAGGAGGAUUCAGAGGAGAGCGCAUUGGUCCCGGGAGAUGAAGGUGACAGAGAGGACAUUGAUUUUGAAGACGCCACUGAGGGAGGUGUCCAGGCAAUGGAGACUGUUGACGAACAGUUCCGCACACCGCCCCAAGUGCAGCGCACAGCUUUCCUGGCCCCUCCCUCCUCGGGAAGCACCAAGAAAUUCUUCCUCCCACCUUCAACAGAGGGCGAGGCCAUUGACGUGGAAUUCGAGGACUUAGUUCCUAGCCCCACCCUUCUGCAGAGCCUAGAGGGCAUCAGCCUCCCCUCAAGAGAGAACCUGGAUACGACGGACAUUGCGCGCUGGGGGGAGCAGCUGGUGUAUCUUUACUUGCUUCAAGAGGCUCGGAAGGCAGAAGUAGAAGUUAAGGUCCAGUGGGUCAACCAGCAGCUUGAGACCGGAGAGCCCUACGACAUCGUCAUCACCCGCGGCUCCAGCAGCACCUACGUGGAGGUGAAAUCCACCAUCAAGGACCAGAAACAGCUGGUGGAGAUCUCACCCAAGGAGGUGGCCUUUGCACAGGAGAAGGGUCCGGCAUUCCACCUUUACCGAGUCUUCAAUGCAGGAAAUGUCACUGGAGUGAGGCUGGGUCGAUUACAGGACCUGGCCUUCAGGAUGGACAGGAAAGAGGUGCAGCUCUUCAUGUACCUGUGAUUUUGCUAUCAAGUGCUCCCACAAUAGUUGUGUAAUGCUCCAUCUGAUCUCAUUACAAAGGGUUUAUUAAAACGUAUAAUACGCAGGUUUUUCUCUCCCUAACCUAAGCAGGACAAUUCAGGUAACUCAUACUAUCGACAUAAAGAAAGGCAUUCAGAGUUGAUAAUAUAUUUAUGAAAUGUUCCUUUAAGGAUGAAAUCUCUGUAUUAUUACCUCUGCUGUGAGUGUUUUUAUUUAUGGCGUUUGGGUCUUUCAAGAAAUGUCUCAGCCUGAUUUAUGGAAGUGUUUCCUAACAGAUGAAAUUCAUGACAUGUGAUUGCAGGGUGUCAGGUUUCAAACCGAGAUUUCAACGUGCUGUGCUCUUGAGCCAAGUUCUUGAGAGUCCAUUACCUGGGUUUAUACUGGAAGACGAACAUUGGAUUGCUAUUGGCUGUUGAGAUUACAUGUACCCUGUGCCCUGGGUUUGCCCAGUAUUGCAGUCAGUAAUUUUUUACCCGUCACCGUGUCCAGAGGGAUGUGGACAAAAGCUUUGUCAUGUAUUACUUGCUUGGUCACAUUGGAAAUGUGUGCAGUUCUAAACACGUGAAAAGAAAAAGCUCUAACCUGUAAGGAUUUUUGUCUUUCUUGUUUUGUUGCAUUACAUCAUGUGAUCUUGGAGAAAAUGAUGCAAAUCUCAGAUAUGUUAACCUCAGUCACCCCAAACUUUGUCCUUUUUUUCAUUAUUUUUUUGUUGGGUUUUGAUGCAGAAUGCGAUUUUGAAUUUCGGUUUUAUAUAUUUAAAGUCAUAUUGUAGUUGCAUUACUGUUAAUUGGUGCCUUAGAGACCAGAAGGUUAAUGAACCCUGACCUUGUGUAGGCUUUGGAAUCCUAAUUCUUGUUAAAUUAAAAAAAAAAUAAAAAUGCCAUUGAAAUACUGUGGGAUUUCUGAUUUUGGGUGAAUUGUCAAAUGUUUCUGAGCUGAAGUGUUCAGAUGUCACUACUUAGUUGGAUUCAUAUUUCAAAACUGAGCAUUUAUUAUGGUACUAUUUUCCUUACAUGAUGUAUAAUUUCCUAUUUUUAUACAAGAAUAAUAUAUAGUAUGAAAAGAUUGGUAAGUUAAGAAUGUAGUAUUUGUGAAUACUUUUCAAUGCCUUUGGGAAAAGAACUUCAAAAAGUCAAACUUAUCUCAAAAUCAAGGUCCUUUCACUAAAAGGGAUCUUUUUAAUCUAGACACUAAAGCCCAAAAAUCUAUUUUGUCAUUUUUAUUAUUGAAGCUUUUCAUUUGAGCAGAUCAGGUUAAACUUUGAUAAAAUGGAUGUACAUUUCUGUAAACGAUGGUAUCUCAGUUCCCAAAAUGAUCACUUAAAUGUUUCUGAAAAUUGGAAAGGAAUUCCCUAUUUUUCAUCCUGGAAGUUUUAAACAACUAUCAAGUCAAAGCAGAGAACUUGAUUAGUGAUUACCAAGUUUUGCAUUAUACUAAACCAAGGAAAUAAUAAAUAGAUAUAAAAAUAGAUAAAAAAAUAGUCUUUCAUUAAAAAAAUAGUAUAAUGCAAAUACAUGCCUGAUAUUUGUCUUUCAUGUUUUUAACAGUUGCUUUUGGUUACGAAUUAUAGUAAUUCUACAACUAAUUUGAAAUGAAAUUGCUAAUGUUAUUUCACUCAAGUCUAACAGUAAAUUGCAAUUUUAUUUAAUCUGUUCAACUGAAAAAGAAUUAGAUAAAUUAGAAUUAGAAGAAUUAGAUGUUUGUCCAGAUGUAUUGGUUUACAUUAGUGAUAACGGGGAUUUGUGUUCUCUUGAUUGUGAUAAUAUUUUUCAUCGGUCUCUAUACAUCCUUUCUCCAAACGUGGCAGGAUUAUUUAUUGUAAUGCUCUAUAAAAGAAUCCUGCAGAUGUACUUGUUUGUGACACCUCACAAGUUGAUGUCUAACUUUGCAUCUGUUGUUUCAUUGGUCAAAUUCCUAGACAAGUCCAUUCACGGGACACUAUCGAGGGAAGUGUGAACAAGUCAAACCAGACAAACAUGUAUGCCAAAUUCAACUAAGUUUCCCUUUAUUGAACUUGAAGGGACUAGGAUUGUGCCAUGUUUACCUUUCUGUCAAAAUCAAAAUUGUAUAAGCUUCCAAAUCGGUUAUAUAAUUGGUAUAGUUUCAUGCCGUUCACAAAAAAUGGGAAUAAAGUAGAUUAUCAGUACAGAGUUGAUUCCAUGUAGGAACUAUGAAAGGUUUAUAAUCAGGACAAUAAUGCUCUUAGAAAGGCUUAACACGUUGAUUUAUUGAAAUAAGUAUAAAUGUUGAAAUAAAGAUAAAUGACUCAAAAA